AUGUCUUCUGGGUCAAACCCAGUAAAAAACAUAGUUCUGGUGGGGCGUAUCGGCAACGGAAAAAGCGCCACCGGAAACUCACUCCUUAAACAAGAAGCGUUCAGAUCAGAUACGCAGCCAACAGGUGUUACCAUAAAGUGUCAGGCAUUUAGAGCUCUCACAAAGAAUGGCUCCAUCAUCAAUGUGAUUGACACUCCAGUCGAGAUGGUGCCACGUUUAACGUCCAUUAGAAAACCUCGUGAGUUGGCUAUUCGACGGCUACACUCAUCCUAA